AUGCGUUCCGGAAGAGUCCUUCACACACAGCCGAGACCAGGACCCAGCGGAAGAGUCGAAACAAACCGCCUGGGAAACGCUGCCGAAGAGCAAGAGGUCGCGCCCGCCCAAGAAAUCCACGCAGACGCACCCGCACAACCGGAAACGGAAGGCAACCCAGCGGACGACGCGGCCGCCCCCGAAGACAGACGGAACGUCCCAGCCAACCCGCCCCUCAUCCAGAGACACCUUCAGGGCCUAGGGAUCGACUUGUCGGAGGAAAUCUUGAGGCAAAUCGUGGACGACCUCACCAGGCGAGUUCGGGAGAGAAUGGUCACCAACGGAACCGCGGCAGCAACCACGGACCAACCGCCGGCGGCCCCAGCAACGAAGACAGAGGAGGAGAAGCAGGCGGAAUUGGAGAAAUUCCUUCCGCCCGCAGUGAGAAGCACCAAAGAGCCGAGAAGCUACCGCCCCGAAGACGACGCAUCGCUGUGGAUCAAGCAGUAUGAGAUCGCGUCGGUCCUCAACGGGUGGAACGACCAGUUCAAUCUGGCGACGGUGGAACUCUACAUGACAGGAACAGCGCUGCAGUGGGCGCAAAACUGCCUGCCCGGUCUCACGCAAUGGAAGGCCUUCAAGAAAGCUUUCCUCGCGAGAUUUGAUAUCGGACGCGUCGCAAAGGCCAAGAGCCAACUCCGCAGGCUAAUCCGCGACGAGGAGCAGCCUCUCCUCGACCACCUCGAAAACGUGCAAUGGCUUUGCCAUCAAGUUGACCCAGCAAUGUCGGACGCGGACAUCAUCGAGCGUUUCUCAGACACCAUCAGCGGAGCUGACUACGCUGAUCUGCAGGGAGAGGCGGCGACAAAAAGCCUCCGACGCCUACGGGCGGUGCUGGAAGCGAGGAAACACCAGGCGGCGACCCGUAACAAAGCACCGCAAGCGACUCAGCCACGUCCCACCAUCGCCGCGGUGUCCUCAAGCGGCGGGAGCUACGACCGACUUAGCAGCCCCAGCAACGACAGAGGUCGCAGCCCGCGGAGGGAGCCAUCCCAAGGACGGACCCCCGAGAGAUCCUCCGAACGGUACGGUGGCGUGCGGAGCCGCAACCCCGACCACCGACAGCCCGAUGGGUACCGCUACAGGAACCCGUCACAAGGCCGUCGCCAAUCCGACGACCACAUGUACCGAGCCAUCUUCGAAGGCGACCGACGAUCCUGGGACAACAAGCCCAUCUGCAACUACUGCGACCGGGUGGGCCACGUGCAGAAACACUGCCGGGACAAAGCGAACCGAGUGCCGGCCGCCAGAGCGCCCAACCGCUUCGGAACGAACACUCGUAGCCCCGGACGCCCCCAGACGGAGAACGGAUAUCGGCCUCCGCACCGGUCACCGAGCCCCUACGGUGAUCGCCAAUCAGACCGCGCGCCGUCGCCGGGAAACGGCUCGCGCCGGGGCUCGUAA